AUGGCGACAAGCGUUCGUGCGUCGGUAUCGCAAAUAUUGCGAAACAAAGAUGACACUGGUGACGAAGAAGAAGAACCCAAGAAAAAGUCUAGGGAAGAUUGGAGGAAAGCUAAAGAGCUAGAAGAGGCUCGUAAAGCUGGUACUGCACCAGCAGCAGUUGAUGAAACUGGAAAGGAUAUUAAUCCACAUAUUCCUCAAUACAUCUCUUCUGCACCAUGGUACUAUGGUACAUCUGGCCCUACUCUCAAGCAUCAGCGUCCACAAGCUGACAGAGAGGGACAAUUUACAAGACUUGACACAUACUAUAAUAAGGGUGUUGAUACUACAAAAAUAGCAACAAAAUACAGAAAGGGUGCAUGUGAAAAUUGUGGAGCAUUAACCCACAAAAAGAAAGAUUGUUUGGAAAGACCCAGAAAGAUUGGUGCAAAAUUCACAAAUGCUGCUAUAGCACCAGAUGAGAUGGACCAACCGGAUCUAAAUUUAAGUUAUGAUGGAAAACGAGACCGAUGGAAUGGUUAUGAUCCUGAACAACAUAAAGCUAUUAUAGAAGAGUAUCAAAAAGUUGAGGAGGCAAAGAGAGAGCUGAGAGCCAAAAAACUGGAACAAGAUCCAACGGCAACCAAAGGCGAUGAAAAAGAAGAGGAAGAUGAAGACAAGUAUGUAGAUGAAGUGGACAUGCCUGGUACAAAGGUGGACUCGAAACAACGUAUUACCGUGCGAAAUUUACGUAUCAGAGAAGACACAGCCAAGUACCUCAGGAAUUUGGAUCCGAAUUCUGCUUACUACGACCCAAAGACCCGUUCCAUGAGGGAUAAUCCAAACCCUGGUGCUACCGAGUCGGAGUACUUGGGCGAGAACUUCGUGCGGUUCAGCGGCGACACGCGGUCGCACGGCGCGGCGCAGCUGUUCGCGUGGGAGGCGCACGCGCGCGGCCUCGACGUGCACCUGCUGGCCGAGCCCACCAAGCUGCAGCUGCUGCAGCGCCAGUACGACGAGCGCAAGAGCCAGCUCAAGACGCAGGUGAAGGAGUCUGUGUUAGAGAAAUAUGGCGGGGCGGAGCAUCUGAAAGUGCCGCCGAAAGAGCUUCUGUUGGCACAAAGCGAAGUUUUCACGCGGUACAAUCGGGAUGGUACACUAGUCCAGGGACCCGAGAAACAACUCGCUAAGAGCAAGUAUGAAGAGGAUGUGCUGAUUAACAACCAUACAACAGUUUGGGGGUCAUAUUGGCGAGAUGGACAGUGGGGCUACAAAUGUUGCCAUUCAUUUAUAAAGAUGUCGUAUUGCGUGGGUGAAGCAGGCAAGUCAGUUGUGAUUGAUGUGCCAGAAGAAAAGAAGGAAAUAAAAGAAAAAAAGGAAAAAGAACCAGCAAAAACAGAGAAAUCGUCAUCAUCAGAAUCAAGCUCUAGCAGUAGCAGUUCAUCAGAUUCUGAAACUGAUACAAGGACUAAAACAGAGAAGACAAGCAAGAAAAAGAAAAAUAAGAAAAAAGCCAAAAAGAAAAAGAAAAAGGCGCAAAAGAAAGAAAAAAAUGCUGAAGACAAGUUGAAGAAGGCCCUAGAGGAAGAAGUCAGACAACAAAAGCGAGCUGAGCAUCUUCUGUCAGUGGAUGAAAGGAAGCGGCCAUACAAUAGUAUGUAUGAAGUGAAAGCGCCAACUGAAGAGGAGAUGGAAGCCUACAUGAUGAAGAGAAGAAGAGAAGAAGACCCGAUGAGUCAAUUUAUG